UUCGUUUUCGACAGAACAUGUGACGUCACGGUGAUCCGCCAGCAACCCAAGAAAUAAUUUUGACGUAUUUAUCUUUUGUGAUUUAGGCAAAUGUGAGCCGUAAAAAUGGCGGAUUUCUUUAAGUCAGCUUUUGGAUAUUUAAGCGGUGGCCAGGGCCGCAUAGACAGUGAUUUUGUAGGGCAAAGUGUUGAGUUGGGAGACCAAAAAUUGCGAGUUAAGAAAGUGAUAGCAGAAGGUGGCUUUGCCUUUGUGUUUGUGGCACAGGACAUAAGCAGUGGAAAGGAAUAUGCCCUUAAGAGACUACUUGCGAAUGAUGAGGAGAAGACAAAGGCCAUCAUGACAGAGAUCAGAUUUCUUAAGAAAUUGUCUGGCCACCCCCACAUAGUCCAGUUCAUCACUGCAGCAGCUAUUGGAAAGGAGGAGUCUGACCAUGGCCAGCAUGAAUACCUCCUGCUCACUGAGCUGUGUUCAGGUGGGGAGCUAGUGCACAUUCUGAAUGCUCGGUCAUCCCCUCUGCCCCGUGACCAGGUGCUAAAGGUGUUCUACCAGACUUGUAAGGGUGUGCAGCAUAUGCACAAGCAGAAACCACCUAUAGUACACCGGGACCUCAAGAUUGAGAAUCUGCUGGUGAGCGCCCAGGGACUGAUCAAGGUGUGUGACUUUGGCAGUGCCACAACUGAGACCUACCUGCCAGACAACUCAUGGUCAGCAAUCAAGAGGAGCCUGGUGGAGGAUGAGAUUGCCAAGAACACAACACCAAUGUACCGAGCCCCCGAGAUGCUGGACCUGUACCAGAACUUCCCUAUUAAUGAGGCAGGCGACAUAUGGGCAUUGGGUUGUGUCCUAUUCAAGCUGUGUUUCAUGGACCAUCCAUUUGAGGACUCGGCCAAACUGAGGAUCAUCAAUGCCAACUACAGCAUACCAGACACAGACACAGACACAGACACAGACACAGAGUACUCUGUGUAUCAUGAUCUUAUAAGAUCCAUGCUGCAGGUGGACCCAACUCAGCGGCCCGACAUAUCCGACAUCAUCGACCGCCUGCAGGCUAUUGCUGCAGUCAGUAGAGUGAACCUGAAAGAAACACUACAGAUUGGAGAUGUAACAGUUACUCCCAGUCAAGAACCUGCAUCAAGGCCUCCUAUGAACAACCCGGGGACUCCACAGAGGUCAGCACCAUCACCUGCCCAGUCAAGUGCCACAGCCCUUUUCUCCAGCCUCCGUGGAGGUGCUGGUAGUCUAGUGAAGAACAUCAAGGAUGCUUCUAGCAAGGUCAUGGAGACUGUGUCAGCAACAAUGAACAAAUCCGAUCUUGACUUUUCCUACAUCACAUCCAGGCUCUCAGUCAUGUCGUAUCCAGCAGAAGGCAUGGAGUCUGCCAUCAAGAACCACAUUGAUGAUGUGCGGGCCUUCCUAGAGAACCGGCACCACAACUCCUAUGCUGUCUAUAACCUGUCACAAAGAUCCUACAGAGUGGCCAAGUUUGAAAAUAGGGUGUCUGAAUGUGGCUGGGCUCAGAAGAAGGCUCCAACACUAGCUAACCUGUUUGCCAUAUGCAAGAACAUGCACCUGUGGCUACGGCAGAACCCCAAGAACAUCUGUGUUGUCCACUGUCUGGACGGCAAGGCCCAGUCAGCCACAGUCAUUGGAGCAUUGCUGGUGUUCUGUCGCCUGUUCGACAGUGCAGAGACAGCUCUGCAUAUGUUCACUGCCCGCAGGCUGGCCCCGGGCGUCUCACCAUCUCAGAAAAGGUACAUUAACUACAUGAGUGAGAUGGUGUCUGACGAAGAAGUGAAGCCCCACAGCCGGCCAGUGAUGCUGUCCCAGCUGGUCAUGUCACCGGUGCCUCUUUUCAACAAGAUGAAGAAUGGCUGCACACCGUUUGUGGAGGUGUAUGUUGGAGAUGACCGUGUGUUGACCACUUCCCUGGAGUAUGAGCGUAUGAGACAGUUCACCACUGAGGAUGGAGCAUGUCGGGUUCCCCUUAAUGCAUCCUGUACAGGAGAUGUGACUGUUGUCGUCUACCAUGCCAGGUCAACAUUUGGAGGCAAGAUCCAGGGAAAGAUAACCUCCAUGAAGAUACUUCAACUACAGUUCCACUCUGGUUUCAUUGCUCCAGGCACCAAAACAUUCAAGCUGUCACAGUAUGAGCUUGACCAGAUGGACACCCCAGACAAGUACCCUGACCUGUUCUCUGUCUCGGUGGAGCUUGCAGUAUCACCAAAUGAUCGACCACAGGCAGAAAAGCAGUAUCCUUGGUUCAAAUUCAGUACAGAAAAACUCACCCCGAGAAUUCUGUUUUCUGGGAAGGAUGAAUUGCAUCAGGCAUUAUCAGAAUUUGGUGCUUCAGAAAGAGCCAAAUCUCGUUUAAGUCGAACAUCUAGCUUGAAUUCUGAGAGUCCAUCAGACAGUCCUCUUCAUCAACCAUCAACACCUAGCAAGAAACCUGCAUCAACACCCGAGACUGCUCGCAAACAGGCCAGUGAGCCGAAGAGUCGGUCCAACUUCUUCGCAACACUUGAAUGGGACAGUGGCGCACCAACGGAAUCAGGGGAAGUAGUAGAACCCCACCAACCCACAGAAAUAGAAGUCCGGCUACUAGAUGCUAGUGAUAAUGAAGAUGAUGACUUUGUGUCUCUGUCUCGGGACCGGGCAGGAACUCAUAGCAGUAAUGGUAGUGAUAUCGGUGUGCAGGCUCCUCGAUCCCAGGAUGCAGACUUUUUUAGUGACUUCAGUGCACCUGCAUCAAGUGAUGCUACUCAAGAUUUGCUGAACAUGAAGAGUACAGGUGCUCAACAAAAUGAUCCUGUGACUGACCAGAUGGACUUACUGAAUAUGGGUAGUGAACCCUCUAACUUUGACUUACUUGGUGGCUCUGUGGAAGCGGAUGCCUCCAAUGCCCAGUCGUCUAAUGUUCAGUUUGGGGACACCUUUGAUCCCUUCCAAGAAAUGGCAUCCCGUCAGAAACCUGCAAGUCAAACCAAUGCUGCUAAGGGUUCUGGUAAAACAGAUGCUUUUGGAAGCUUUGACCCUUUCCAAAGUUGUGCCCCAACUGUAGAGAAUGGAGGCAGCGGUGCGGGUUCAGAUGAUUUUGUCUCAUUUAUGGAAAAUCAAAACCAAACAGUAGGAGGUCCUGAUGAUUUAAUGGGUAACUGGGAUGCCAGCAACAUUCUCCAAAGUGGUGGCAGUAACAGCAAUAUUCCCAAACCUGCCAAUGCUGGUGGAAUAGGCAUUGGUAUGUCUAAGAGCCACAGCUCUUCCUUCCCACAGCAAGCUGGAAUGAGUGCCCCAAUGUCUGCAUCUCAGGGUGGAGGCAUCGGACCAGUGCCAAAGGCAGAUCCAUUUGCAGACUUAGGAAAGUUGUCUGGCAUGAAAGGUAGCAGUAGUCAUGGCAAUUUCAAGAGCCAGCAGCCAAUGGGAAGUAUGCCCUCCAGACAGCAGCCAGGCCAACAGCAGGGAGUGCCAGCAUUCGGAGGUCCAGGCUCAAUGAACUGGCAAAGUGGCCGAUCAUCCCCAUUGCAUCAGCAGCAGCAGCAGCAGCAGCAACAGCAACAACAACAACAACAACAACAACAACAACAACAACAGCAGCAGCAGCAGCAGCAGCAACCUUUUGCUAAACCUAACUACAGCGCCAGUGUCAUUGGUGGAAGAGAGGACCGUGGGACUCGCAAAAGCUUUGGACCAAAACCAAAGGUGUCAACAAAUGCUUUUGAAGAUCUCCUAGGCCAGCACACCUUUUCAAAGAAAGAAAAUGAUGGUCCUAAAACUCUUGGGGACAUGAAGAAAGAAAUCAUGGCUGAAUGCAUGGACCCUGAGAAACUUCAGGUGCUAGAAUGGUCCAAAGGGAAGGAGAAGAACAUACGAGCUCUGCUGUGCUCCCUCCAGAAUGUAUUGUGGGAGGAAGAGAAGCGCUGGAAGCAGUGCGGCAUGCACGAGCUCGUCACAGCAGACCAGGUCAAGAAAGUCUACAGGAGGGCUGUGCUCUCCGUACAUCCAGACAAACUUACUGGCUCUCCACAUGAAAACCUGGCACGGAUGAUAUUCAUGGAACUCAGUGAAGCUUGGGCCCAGUUUGAAGAAGAAGGAAUGAAGUCAUUAUAUUGACAUGAGUGACGCUAGGAGAUUAUUAAUUCAAGACACCUAGAAACUGUAGGGAGGGUGAAAAUAUCCACGCUAGUUUCAUAUAAAUUAGUACCACCUAGUGUUGUCUCCCCUAGUUUCUACUGCUGCCACUAGUCCAGGAGUGAACACAAAGGCACAUUGAUAUGGUGGAUGUUGCAAAACAAGCAAUGGGUGGUGCAUAAGGCAGCAGUAGCAGGAGACUGACUGCCAUCUAGAUUGAGACUUGUGUAGAGAUGUUACUGAUAUUUGUGUAGUAACUAUGAGACAGUAAUAUAGAUGAAGUGUACUGUUCUUCACUGGGGAACUGGACAACAGUCAAAUUGUGCAAUAAUCAAAUCAUGAAGACAACAGAGAUGCAGAGGCUGCUGCCAGUACAGAUAAACAUAGAAACUCACAUAGUUCUGGGCUGUGAUAAAGAGGUAUUUAAUUUAUUGUUUAAGUGUGACAGAAUUCAUGCCUUCAUAUGUUAUAGGAUGUUUGGCUGUAAUCAGUCAAGACAUCACAACCUAACUAGCAAGACUCAUAUCCCAUUGCAAGGUGUAUUGUCAUAGCCCCAGUUUGAUUUUGCGUUUAUUUUUGUAGUUGUAACAUAUCCAGGCAUAUCCAUUAAGUUGUUCCAUGAAACGUUGCUAGUUUCUUCUAUAACUUACCAGACAGAUUUUGUUUCAUUUCUGCAACAUUUGUCAUCUGGAUGCAGUACAUACACUUGGACAGCAUUGGUAUCUGAUCAGGCACACAGAGGUGGUCACCUGACAGUACCAAGUGUCUGAUCAAGUGGUCUCCUGACAGUACCAAGUGUCUGAUCAAGUUGUCUCCUGACAGUACCAAGUGUCUGAUCAGGUGAUCUCCUGACAGUACCAAGUGUCUGAUCAGGUGGUCUCCUGACAGUACCAAGUGUCUGAUCAGGUGGUCUCCUGACAGUACCAAGUGUCUGAUCAGGCACGCAGUGGUGGUCUCCUGACAGUACCAAGUGUCUGAUCAGGUGGUCUCCUGACAGUACCAAGUGUCUGAUCAGGUGGUUUCCUGACAGUACCAAGUGUCUGAUCAGGUGGUCUCCUGACAGUACCAAGUGUCUGAUCAGGCACACAGUGGUGGUCUCCUGACAGUACCAAGUGUCUGAUCAGGUCGUCUCCUGACAGUACCAAGUGUCUGAUCAGGCACGCAGUGGUGGUCUCCUGACAGUACCAAGUGUCUGAUCAGGCACGCAGUGGUGGUCUCCUGACAGUACCAAGUGUCUGAUCAGGUGGUCUCCUGACAUUACCAAGUGUCUGAUCAGGCACGCAGUGGUGGUCUCCUGACAGUACCAAGUGUCUGAUCAGGUGGUCUCCUGACAGUACCAAGUGUCUGAUCAGGUGGUCUCCUGACAGUACCAAGUGUCUGAUCAGGUGGUCUCCUGACAGUACCAAGUGUCUGAUCAGGUGGUCUCCUGACAGUACCAAGUGUCUGAUCAGGCACACAGGGGUGGUCUCCUGACAGUACCAAGUGUCUGAUCAGGUGGUCUCCUGACAUUACCAAGUGUCUGAUCAGGCACGCAGUGGUGGUCUCCUGACAGUACCAAGUGUCUGAUCAGGUGGUCUCCUGACAGUACCAAGUGUCUGAUCAGGCACGCAGUGGUGGUCUCCUGACAGUACCAAGUGUCUGAUCAGGUGGUCUCCUGACAUUACCAAGUGUCUGAUCAGGCACGCAGUGGUGGUCUCCUGACAGUACCAAGUGUCUGAUCAGGUGGUCUCCUGACAGUACCAAGUGUCUGAUCAGGUGGUCUCCUGACAGUACCAAGUGUCUGAUCAGGUGGUCUCCUGACAGUACCAAGUGUCUGAUCAGGUGGUCUCCUGACAGUACCAAGUGUCUGAUCAGGUGGUCUCCUUACAGUACCAAGUGUCUGAUCAGGUGAUCUCCUGACAGUACCAAGUGUCUGAUCAGGCAUGCAUUGGUGGUCUCCUGACAGUACCAAGUGUCUGAUCAAGUGAUCUCCUGACAGUACCAAGUGUCUGAUCAGGUGAUCUCCUGACAGUACCAAGUGUCUGAUCAGGCACGCAGUGGUGGUCUCCUGACUGCAAAGUCAGCCACCAGAUGUGCUCUUUAAAUGUCCAACAUGACCAUCAUCAAGGUCCCCGGGUUUCUAGGUUUACAGUGUGUUGUCAGAAUGUACAGUUGCCAUCGGGCAUUGUUAGCAUGUAGCUUUCCUCACUUGCCACAUGUUGUUCUCACAUUAAGCAGUGAAACGUGUCAGCUUGCAUGAUUAAUGUUGUCAGAGCAGCUGUGACCCAGUUACAUUAGAACAAUCCUACUGUGGGACCAACUUGUUUGUAUGUUGUUCCUGCCUCAACAACAUUCCAAAUCUGUGCUCGUACCAAAUGUAUUGUCAAGGUCACAGGUAGAAUCCAAAUACCUUGCGGGGAGAUUUGAUGUUUACUUUAUUUCCAUUGUUAGCAUCACACAAGUAUUCUUCCUAGAGUGUGCAUUGUAUUUGUGAUACAACAUUGUAACAGCAUUUUUCCCUGCUAAAUCAUACAAACAGCGAGUAUUUCAAACAUAUCGAUUAGUUCAUAUAAUGAAACUUAACUAAGUAGUGUUAUUGAAGUAAUUACCAUAUCUAUCAAAAUAUCCAUAUUCCAGCCCUAUUGCCAUAUCUCCAGUGGUUGACAUAGCAAUGUCGUGACAGCAGUUGGUUCAUGGAGUUGUGUGGUAAGGAGAUACUUGUUGGCUAGCGUACAGAGACCAGCUGUACAUUCAGUGGCUGGUAUUGGUCUUAAUGGCAAUGUGUUGGCACUUUGCACAGUGUAGGAUACCUUUGAAAUGGUGAUGUCACUAUAUAUGGAAAUAUAUGGCUGUUAAAUAAACACUAAUGAGAUAGGACCCCCAGAAAGUGCAAACCAUGUCUCCCACCUUAUGUUCAUGUUCAGUGUGCCAGGGCAACUUGACACUUCUUGUCAUGCUUUUGUGCAAUUCUUCUCCACUAUGAUGCUAACUCUUGGAAUGGUAUCAUCUUAACAUGAUUUUAAGUUGUUUUUAUAUGUAUAUAAUGCAUGUUUUAUUUCUGUGUACGCCAAAAAGUGAAACCCUACGUGAACACUGUUAGCCUGUUGUACAAUCUGACAUUGUGAGUUCUCGGUCAUGGAGUGUCGUCUUGUUCACACCAGAACCCAACUGCACUAGUCCAUAUCAAUCAAAUACAUUCCUAACUGAAAACAGCAACUUUUCUUUCCAUCCUGAUUGUAGGCAGUGUGACCCUCUGUGACUGUCCAGCACAGAUACUGGGGCUAUUUCAGAAGAACCAGCUUCUCCAUGUUACCUAUGCAUUGUUUUAUCAAGCAGUAUUUCUUGUGUACAUAGACACCACUGACUGUAUAUAGAGCAGGUAAAACUGAUGAUCUAAGCAUUUUUAGACUAUAUUGUAUAUGAUUUCUUUCCCCAUCCAGCUGUAACAUUGCUCAUUUAUGAUGUAAAUUUAUUUGAACAUUCUGAUGAGUUGAGACAUGUGAUAACCUUGUAUUUGUCAUUUACCUCGUCUCCUGCCUGUUUUACCAAUAUUUUCAGGAACAUUAUCAUUCCCAUGCUAUGUACAAAUCAUGGUUUUCUGACUGUUACAGCACUAUUAUUGUUUAUGACUGCGGUGCCAUGGUCCACGGUUUCCUGAGGGUGGGCUUCGUCAGGGUUUUGUCAAUCAAUACCAACCAUACUUUGAUCUCGUUUCUAUGAAAUCAUACUUGGUUGUGUUUGCUUACUGCACGAGCUGUUCCUCAGGUUGUCAGCAGUGCGGCAAGUUAUGUCCAUGUCGUACACGAUAUUCUGCCAGCUCUACCCCUGGUGGGGGGGGGGAAAGGGGUGUUAGUGUGCCAGCUGGGUCAUGUUGGGAAUACAGAGACAUGAUUAGGGUCACUUAAAGUUCACCACACCUGGUGCUUGAUGGAAGUACAGUGGACUGUGUCCUAUUAUCUACAGAGAUUCAUUCUUAGGUAUAUUGCAGAUUGUACUGGUAUACGUUUUUUUUAUGUAAAGAAAAAUAUUACUUAAAAAUUUCAAACUUGACAUUUUUUGGAUUUGAAGAAAACAAUGGCGGUCAUAUACUUUAACAUUGACUAAGAAAAAUAAUUAUUGUUCUAAAAUGUGUCAAUAUAUUUGGUUCAAAACAAUCUCAAUGAAAAAGGUUCAGUGGACUUGUUGUGGAGGGUGUCUCUGUAUUCGUAAUUGGCGGAGGUCGAAGUACAUGGCAGUCAAGUCUCAGAAAGAUUGGGUCUUCAUUUGUCAUGGCAACUGGAUUGCUGUUGGGAGACCUGUAGAUUUAUUAACAGACUGUCCACUGUGAUGUAUAUUCAUUGUUAACAAUUAGGAGACAGUUAUGCAGCAUGUGAUGUUGUUGACUAGUGUUAUGAUCUUAUGAGAACAUUUUAGCCAAAUUGUGUUGUAUCAUUAAGAAGUAUAGGAGAAUUUAAAAUUGUUUUAAAACAUAAAAUAAGAGUAUGCAUAAUGAGCACUAUCAUAGAAAUAAAUGAUGUAACAGUU